UUUUGAUUCCUUUCGUGUGCACUCUGUGGGGAAUGCGGGGUUCCCUCCUCCCUUUCCCUUAACACGGUUUGGUCGCUUUUUUCGGAAUGCAUUUUGCUCACCUUCAGGGACCACUCCAGUCGAAGCCUGACCGCCUCUUCUUUCCCCCUUAGGAAGGGGACGCUUUGGGAAUGACCAUGCUCCACCGAGGGACAGAGCCGGCCCCGAGCUUCUCGCCACAGAGCCUUCUCCACUGAAGCUCCAAAAAUCCAAAACAGUAAUUGCCAGAAGAAUCUAAAAAAAAAAAAAAAAAAAAAAAUGCAGCCAGUAACCUCACAUGCAAAGGGAAGAAUUUGUCUGGAUUCUGCAUUGUGAGCUGCUCUCCAUGCCCUGAAUUACCUUUGAAUUUUUUUCCUUUGAAUUUGCAUCUCUUCAAGACCCAAGAUUAAAUUCACACCAGAUUGGAUUUUAAAUUACCUUCCUUUCAUUGACCCUUCGUUUUUCUUAUGUGGAUAUGCAAGCAAGAAGUGGAGACUGGACACCCCCAACAUGCUCACUCCCUUAAUCUGUCCGUCUAGAGGUUUGGCUUCUGCAAACCAAGGGAGUGGACGAGUUGAAGAUGAAGCUCCAAGCGGAGUGCUGUUCUCCCAAGUUCUGGUUGGUGCUGGCGGUCCUGGCUGUGUCAGGCAGCCAAGCACGCUCUCAAAAGAGUGCCCCCAGCAUCGGCAUCGCAGUCAUCCUUGUGGGCACUUCGGACGAGGUGGCCAUCAAGGAUGCCCACGAGAAAGAUGACUUCCACCAUCUCUCUGUGGUUCCCCGAGUGGAGCUGGUCGCCAUGAAUGAGACUGACCCAAAGAGCAUUAUCACCCGCAUCUGUGAUCUCAUGUCAGACCGGAAGAUCCAAGGCGUGGUGUUUGCAGACGACACUGAUCAGGAAGCUAUUGCCCAGAUCCUCGAUUUUAUUUCUGCACAAACUCUCACCCCCAUCCUGGGCAUCCAUGGGGGCUCCUCCAUGAUAAUGGCAGACAAGGAUGAAUCCUCUAUGUUCUUCCAGUUUGGCCCUUCCAUCGAGCAGCAGGCAUCCGUCAUGCUCAACAUCAUGGAGGAGUAUGACUGGUACAUCUUUUCUAUUGUCACCACCUACUUCCCUGGCUACCAGGACUUUGUAAACAAGAUCCGCAGCACCAUUGAGAACAGCUUCGUGGGCUGGGAGUUGGAGGAAGUGCUCCUGCUGGACAUGUCCCUGGAUGAUGGAGACUCAAAGAUCCAGAACCAGCUCAAGAAACUCCAGAGCCCCAUCAUUCUCCUCUACUGCACAAAGGAAGAAGCCACCUACAUCUUUGAAGUGGCCAACUCAGUAGGGCUGACUGGCUAUGGCUACACAUGGAUCGUGCCCAGCCUGGUGGCAGGAGACACGGACACAGUGCCCUCAGAGUUCCCCACAGGCCUCAUCUCUGUGUCCUAUGAUGAAUGGGACUAUGGCCUCCCUGCCCGAGUGAGGGAUGGAAUCGCCAUCAUCACCACCGCUGCCUCUGAUAUGCUGUCUGAGCACAGCUUCAUCCCCGAGCCCAAGAGCAGCUGCUACAACACUCACGAGAAGAGGAUAUACCAGUCCAACAUGCUCAAUCGGUAUCUGAUCAAUGUUACUUUUGAGGGGAGAAACCUGUCCUUCAGUGAAGAUGGCUACCAAAUGCACCCGAAGCUGGUGAUCAUCCUUCUGAACAAGGAGAGGAAGUGGGAGCGGGUGGGGAAAUGGAAGGACAAGUCCCUGCAGAUGAAGUACUACGUGUGGCCCCGGAUGUGCCCUGAGACAGAAGAACAGGAGGAUGACCACCUGAGCAUCGUGACCCUGGAGGAGGCCCCGUUUGUCAUUGUGGAAAGUGUGGACCCUCUAAGCGGAACCUGUAUGAGGAACACAGUCCCCUGCCAGAAGCGCAUCAUUACUGAAAAUAAAACAGAUGAGGAGCCAGGUUAUAUCAAAAAAUGCUGCAAGGGGUUCUGUAUUGACAUCCUUAAGAAGAUCUCUAAAUCUGUGAAGUUCACCUAUGACCUUUACCUGGUAACCAAUGGCAAGCAUGGGAAGAAAAUCAAUGGGACCUGGAACGGGAUGAUUGGUGAGGUGGUCAUGAAGAGGGCCUACAUGGCAGUGGGGUCACUGACCAUCAAUGAAGAGCGGUCCGAGGUGGUGGAUUUCUCUGUGCCCUUCAUUGAGACUGGCAUCAGUGUCAUGGUGUCACGAAGCAAUGGGACCGUGUCGCCUUCUGCCUUCCUGGAGCCCUUCAGUGCAGACGUGUGGGUUAUGAUGUUUGUGAUGCUGCUUAUCGUCUCGGCCGUGGCUGUCUUCGUCUUCGAGUAUUUCAGCCCCGUGGGGUAUAACAGGUGCCUCGCUGACGGCAGAGAGCCUGGCGGCCCAUCAUUCACCAUCGGCAAAGCCAUUUGGUUGCUCUGGGGUCUGGUGUUCAACAACUCCGUCCCCGUGCAGAACCCGAAGGGGACCACCUCCAAGAUCAUGGUGUCGGUGUGGGCCUUCUUUGCUGUCAUCUUCCUGGCCAGCUACACUGCCAAUUUAGCGGCCUUCAUGAUCCAGGAGGAGUACGUGGAUCAGGUUUCUGGCCUGAGCGACAAAAAGUUCCAGAGACCUAAUGACUUCUCCCCACCUUUCCGGUUUGGGACUGUGCCCAAUGGCAGCACAGAGAGGAAUAUCCGCAAUAACUAUGCAGAGAUGCAUGCCUACAUGGGCAAGUUCAACCAGAGGGGUGUAGACGAUGCCUUGCUCUCCUUGAAAACAGGGAAGCUGGAUGCCUUCAUCUACGAUGCAGCAGUGCUGAACUACAUGGCUGGCAGAGAUGAGGGCUGCAAGCUGGUGACCAUUGGCAGUGGAAAGGUCUUUGCCUCCACUGGAUAUGGCAUUGCCAUCCAGAAAGAUUCCGGAUGGAAGCGCCAAGUGGACCUUGCCAUCCUGCAGCUCUUUGGAGAUGGGGAGAUGGAGGAGCUGGAAGCUCUGUGGCUCACUGGCAUUUGCCACAAUGAAAAGAAUGAGGUCAUGAGCAGCCAGCUGGACAUUGACAACAUGGCCGGGGUCUUCUACAUGCUAGGAGCAGCCAUGGCCCUCAGCCUCAUCACCUUCAUCUGCGAGCACCUUUUCUACUGGCAGUUCCGACACUGCUUCAUGGGGGUCUGCUCAGGCAAGCCCGGCAUGGUCUUCUCCAUCAGCAGAGGCAUCUACAGCUGCAUCCAUGGGGUGGCCAUUGAGGAGCGCCAGUCUGUGAUGAACUCACCCACCGCCACCAUGAACAACACACACUCCAACAUCCUGCGGCUGCUGCGCACCGCCAAGAACAUGGCCAACCUGUCAGGUGUCAAUGGUUCCCCACAGAGUGCGCUGGACUUCAUCCGCCGGGAGUCCUCCGUCUAUGACAUCUCUGAGCACCGCCGCAGCUUCACACACUCUGACUGCAAGUCCUACAACAACCCACCCUGCGAGGAGAACCUCUUCAGUGACUACAUCAGCGAGGUGGAGCGGACCUUCGGCAACCUGCAGCUCAAGGACAGCAACGUGUACCAGGACCACUACCACCACCACCACCGGCCGCACAGCAUCGGCAGCACCAGCUCCAUCGACGGGCUCUACGACUGCGACAACCCGCCCUUCUCCACGCAGCCGCGCGCUCUGGGCAAGAAGCCGCUGGACCUGGGGCUGCCAGCUGCCAAGCACGGAGGCGUGGGCGACCUAUAUGGCAAGUUCUCCUUCAAGGGCGACCGCUACGGCCACGACGACCUGAUCCGCUCUGACGUGUCGGACAUCUCCACGCACACGGUCACCUACGGCAACAUCGAGGGCAACGCGGCCAAGCGGCGCAAGCAGCAGUACAAGGACAGCCUCAAGAAGAGGCCUGCCUCGGCCAAGUCACGGCGAGAGCUGGACGAGAUCGAGCUGGCCUACCGCCGCCGGCCGCGCUCACCCGACCACAAGCGCUGCUUCCGGGACAAGGAGGGGCUGCGCGACUUCUACCUGGACCAGUUCCGGCCCAAGGAGAACUCACAGCACUGGGAGCACGUGGACCUGACCGACCUGUACAAGGAGCGCGGGGCCUCCGACCUCAAGCUGGGCGCCGGGGACAAGCUGCCGGCCGGGGUACCCGCACCCUGGGAUAAGAGCCUGGCCGCCGACUGGGACGAGCGCACGGGCGGCGCCAACUUCUGCCGCAGCUGCCCGUCCAAGCUGCAUGGCUUCCCGUCCUCCGCGCCGGGCCAGAACUCGGGCCGGCCCGCCUGCAUCCGCUGUGAGGCCUGCAAGAAGGCCGGCAACCUGUACGACAUCAGCGAGGACAACUCGCUGCAAGAGCUGGAGCCUGCCGUGCCCCUACCGGUGCCCGCCACUGGCGCGCCCAAGUACCCGCAGAGCCCCACGCACACCAAGGCGCAGAAGAAGGGCCGCAACAAGCUGCGGCGCCAGCACUCAUAUGAUACCUUCGUGGACCUGCAAAAGGAGGAGGCCGCCCUAGCGCCGCGCAGUGUGAGCCUCAAGGACAAGGGCCGCUUCCUGGAUGGCAGCCCAUACGCGCACAUGUUCGAGAUGCCGGCCAGUGAGGGCGCCUUCCCCAACAGCAAGGCGGCGGGGCCCGCUGGGCACCACCACCACAACAACCCCGGGGGCAGCGGCGGCGGUGGCUACAUGCUCAGCAAGUCGCUCUACCCUGACCGGGUCACCCAGAACCCUUUCAUCCCCACUUUCGGGGACGACCAAUGCUUGCUCCACGGCAGCAAAUCCUACUUCUUCAGGCAGCCCACGGGGGCGGGGGCGCCCAAAGCCAGGCCGGACUUCCGGGCCCUCGUCACCAACAAGCCAGUGGUGUCUGCUCUUCAUGGGGCGGUGCCCGGCCGCUUCCAGAAAGACAUCUGUAUAGGGAACCAGUCCAACCCCUGUGUGCCUAACAACAAAAACCCCAGGGCUUUCAACGGCUCCAGCAAUGGGCAUGUUUAUGAGAAACUGUCUAGCAUUGAGUCUGAUGUCUGAGUGAUGGGAGAGAGGUGAAGGUGGGUCUGGGCUUAGGGGGUGAGCUGGGUUCCCAUGGGCUCCUUUCUUUUAUCAUUUCUUUCUGGGAUCCUGGAGUUCUGUUUCCUUCCAAGGGCAACCCAACGGCCAGCACCCUCUCUCCCCAUCUUCCCCUCCAGGAGAGGACAGAGGGCUCACACCAGGGGGGACUGUGGGCAGAAGUGCUGGGUGAGAGCGUCCUCCCGCUGGGACGGACUCUUGGCCACAGCCCUGAGGCAUCCAAAGGAAGCCAUGUGCUGAGCAUGGGGAGGAGGCUCUCUCUGAACUGGUCCGUGGGUCUUGGUGAAAAGCAGGAGCAUCUGAUUAAGACCGGGUAACAGUGCUUGGGAGUGAAGAGGCCUUUGCUGGAUAACUUGUUGCUUAAAUGACAUCUGCUUAGUGAUCGAUCCUGUGCUGGGGGAGGGUGGGAGGCCAUGCGUGUUUGUAUAUAAGCCAAACUCUAGGAUGGUUCACUUCCCGGAGGCUCUCUAAUGGGGAACGGGAACAAAAGGCCAUUGGUGGUUGCUGGAAAGUCCACCCCAGCCGGCAAUGUCCACAGUGCAGCCCAGGCGAGGCCAGAGGAGUCUGUGUGUAUGCGCAUGCACACCCUUAUGCCUGAAUGCAGUCUGUAUGUACACGUGUGCAGUCAGGGCCUUCACUUGCCUCACUGUCAGCUUCCACACCCGAAAGCAGUUGUUUCCUUUGGCUUAUAUACAAACAGAUGGUCACGUGUUACUUGGAUGUGGGCUAACUCUCCCUUCAACCCUCCUAAGAGAUGGAAAUGCAGGUUCUUCACAUAGAAGAUUCUGUGCUCCUAACAAGAGCAAGGAACAGAAAUAAUUUCUCUGUGGUGGUCAGUGCUAUGGAUCCACUUUGGCCAGGACUUUCCAGGAUGCAGCAGUCAGGAGCAGACAGGCCCCUCUGCCUAUUCUUGAGAGCUAAAGGCUAUUAAAGCUUGGUUGUGCCUCAGCCAAGGUUUGGGGAGAAGUCUGGGAUACCCUGUAGGGUCAGGUAAGUGAGAGAGGGGGAUGUUUUCAAUGCUUUGAUCCCUUCUUACUUAACCUGAGCUGGGAGGGCAGUUGUGAGGAGUGAGCUUGCUCCAUGAGCAUAGCCUAGGAAGUUUGGACAGAAGAGACGGGAAUGCAGAGCAGAGGGACUAUUAUUAGGCCGCCCCUUGGGUCUGGCUCCCUGGAAGCCCUUCCACCUUGCCCCCAUCCCUUAACAGACUGUACCACACAAGAACAAAUCUGUACAUUUGUGUGGAAAAAUUCCAGGGUGGAAGGUCCUAGUUCAAGUGAUGCCACCUUUGCUACAAGUUGGAAACUUGAGAAGGGGAAAAGGAGUGUUUGUCAACUCCUGGUCCUGAAACUUGGGGUAGGGGUGUUCCAGGCUAGAUCCACAGCCUGCUCCUACUGUCCCCUUCCACAAGGGGCCCCAGAGCCUGGGGUCUGCAUGGAAGCUUGACUGUGGAACCUCCAUGUUACACAGAGGACACACAAACCAGAAAGGUGCUCAUCCUCCUCUGGAAGGAAGCUGCCAUGUCUCUUCAGUCACAUCCUCCAGGGCUGUUCUCUGCCUUCCCCUUGGCCCAGGGCCCACUUCCUUUCCUAACUGAACUCUCCCUACCCUCCUCUUUAAUUUGAAGCCAACUGAAGGCCUUGACAAGCUUUGUUUUCUUUCUAAGAUGAACCUGGGGGCAAGGGGCUGAACCUCUCACAGAUUUGGAGAGAGGAGCACAGAGUGCUUUUCCUUAGAUUCAAGGAGAGACGCAGAGCGUAAGGGUAGAGGGUGAGGUGUCCGCAGGAGGAAGAGGGAGAAGGGCCAUAGAAACCAUUGCUUCCCCUGACUCAUCUCAGGUCAGGGAAUCAUCCCCUUACUCUUUCUCUUACCUUACCCCCCCCCUCAAAUCAAAAACCAAACCAACCAACCUAGCGAACAGCAAUCUAGAACAAAGGGGGCUCUGCCGGUCCCCACUGGUGACCGGAAUCAAGAUGGCGUUAAUUUCAUAUGUAAAUAUUUGUUUUCUAAUUAAUUUUGUAUAGAUAAAGUGUUCUCUUGUGAGUAUUCAGGGUGUUGGGCUGGAGGGAGUGGGGUGGGGAUGGGACAAUGAGGGGGAAAAUGUUUUGUUAUGGGCUUUUGUUUUUCAUUGGGGGAAUUGUUUUGUAUGGAUUUUGAUUCAGGGUUUCUGGAAAGAGGUAAAUGGAAGCCACGGGUGAAAAACAACGCAGGGAAAGUCAUUUGUGUUCAUGCCUCCCUGCCUCACCAAUCCUAUUAGGCUGUGAUAAACACUUGCUUCUGAUGGCCUGGGUUUGUCAAAGAAAGGGUCCCUUUGGCUGCAAACAGACUCCAGGCCCAGCUCCUGACUUCUCAGUAGGCCCCAGGUGACAAGUAUCCUGUGCAUUUUCAAGCCAGCCUGAGCACCUGUAUUUUCUCCCCCUGCACCAAAGUAGGAAAGGUUCCCCAAAGAGCUUCAAGCAGAAGAGAAGUCACAUUGACCUCUCAUACUUGCAGUAGCUGAGAGGGUUUGGAGGAUGGAUCCUGACAUCUCCCAGUAGCCUCUUGCUGUCCAACAAGCAUCUCUAACAUCCCUGGCACCUGGGCACAAUCUCUUUCCCUUUGUCCCCCCCCCAAAGCAGCACUACAAGCACACCCCAGAAAUCCCUGUAUUUUCUGAGGCUUGUGUUGUCUGGCUGCAGAGAGCCAGCAUAGUACAUGCUUCUCCCCAGCUCCCACCCUUUUCCAGAAAAGAUGGACAGAUCUGCUCAGAGCUCAGUGGCCAGGCUAUUGUUUUCUUAGAAAGCCUGAAGUUGGUCUUAGAGGUGGGAAAAGUAGGUGUGGGGGAGUGGUGCCCACGGUGACUUCUAUUUGCCUUGACCUCAUUUCUGCCAUCAGGAAGGUGCUCUUGCUGGUGUCAGGUACCCACACCUGGCCUAGUGGUAACCAGACACACAGUCUCUCUCACAGAACGGGUGGCUUUGUGAAGGCACCCACAGGAUGAGAUUUCCCAGUCUAUUUAUGAGACACCACAUUACAGUUUUCCUCUUCUCCUAUCAUCAAAAGCUAGCAACUAGAUAAUUUUAUUUUUCUAAGCCCUUUAUCUGACCCCAAAUGGUCAUUUCUCUUAACUAGAUAUUUGAAAUGGGACCAAGUUAAGAUAUUCAGUCUGCUCAAGAAAGCUACAGGAAAGCCAAACAUCCCCAAAUUCUAGCAAGGUGAGCAAGAAGGCAGUAAGCCCAGCUCCAUCCACCACAGCCACCCUCAGUAGCACCCAUGGGUCCAGUGUUCUUCUGAACCCAGCUUGCUCUGCCUCCUCUCUCAUGUCCUUCCACCAUAGACAUGGGCCCUCCCCAUCCUGUCAGUGGCAGUGGUGAUAUCGCAGCACUAAUUGAGUUGGCCAGAACACGUGAGGACAGCAGGCUUGCUUCCCCUGUGGACCCUCAUCAGUAGGUGGGAAGUCUUUUUGAUCCAGCUUCCCCAGUCCUGGCCACAUGCCACAAGGAAUUCAAUGGGGGAGGAGAGUAGAAAAACCCUAAAUGACCCCCAUUCAGUGCUGGCAGUGUUACUAGUACCCAGAUGCACAUGCACACAAGGAACCAGCUGUCUACACCAUUCAGCAGCUUUCAUACAGCCAGUCUUCCGAGGCCACUGGGAGUUGCCUAGUUGCCUGGGAAGAGCAGACACUGUCACCCCAACUGCAGUGUGCUGGUCACCUGCACAUCUAAGCCAAGACCAGGGUGUAUGUGCCUGUGCGAGAUUUCUUUGGUUUUGAGUUAAUUCAAGAUUUAGGGACAGAAGUACCGUAUCAAGUCAUUAGGAGACACUACUCCAGAAUUCACUGUUCUUUUAAACCCUAUCUCUUCAAAAAAAGAAAACUGCCGUCACUGCUUGCACUGUAUGUUUGGUGUGCUCAGAAUGACUCAGGUGUGGGAGAGUGGGCUGGGCGGCUGCAGUGCCAGUGAGGAGGGGCAUUUACUGUGAGCCCAAAGCCAUAUCCCGCAGCUCAUGCUCAGCAGGCUGCCAAAUGCUUGGGCAAUGUCUGAGACGUGCCCUCAGAAUGAGGGGAUGAGCAGCAGUGCCAGGGGGACAGUAAUACUGAGGUGGGGACAUGGCCCAUUGUGUGGUUCAGAGGUCCUGAGCACUCCUUCCCUCCCUCACCCCUUCCCACACCAAGUUGUUCCAUUAGCACUGAGCUGCUUACCUGUCAUUUAAAUGGAAAUCCCAGGAAAGGUGACAUAUUAAGCCAUAUUAGGGACUUGUACAUUGAAACACCUAGUUUACAUUUAAGAUUCUCAUUGCUUUUCCUGGGACUAAGUUAUGAGGCAGGAAAAGGAGGAGAGAGCAAAGAGAAGCGUAAGUAAUAGGAGAGAAGGCAGGCCCAGUUUCCAGAAUGUGAAGAGAUCUAAACCCUACUUCACUUCCCCCCUGCUCUCAUUUAAAGCUUAGAGGACAACAGUAUUGGGCCCUGAGCCAGGAAUUCUCUCAA